UCUCCAAAUAAACGCGUCCUCAUCCGGUCGCCUGCAGUUGUAACGCCGAAAACAGUGACAAUGUCGACGGCGAUGAAUUUUGGGACCAAGUCGUUCAAACCCAGUCCCCCGGACAAAGGAUCGUUCCCAUUAGAUCAUUUCGGUGAAUGUAAAUCUUUCAAAGAAAAGUUCAUGCGGUGCCUCAGAGACAACAAAUUUGACAAUGCGCUUUGUCGAUUACAGUCCAAAGAAUACCUGGAAUGUAGAAUGGACAAGCAGCUGAUGACUAAGGAACCUCUAGAGAAGCUUGGCUUCAGAGACCUAAUGGACCAACCCAAAGAGGACAGCAAAGAGCCAAAAAUCUAAGUUUAUUAUGUCGCUUAUUUAGAAUUUUUUAUUCUUGAAUUUCAUUGUGAAUGUAACACUUAAGUUUGUGAAUUGCUGGGCUUGUAUAAAAAUGUUAUUUGCUUUUU